AUGAUCAAAAAAUACAAUAUUAAAGUUCUUGUGCUCACUGAGGUGCGCAUCAGUGGCUUAGACGCUGAUAGAAAGAUAAAACAAAUAAUCUUUAGUGACUAUUUCAAGCAGGACGCUCGUGGCUUUGUUGGUGGAAUAUGGGUCAUGUGGGACAAAACAGAGGGUGACAUCUCUUUGCUAGCGUCUCAUAUGCAAUUCAUUCAUGUAAACAUCAGAUGGACUGUUAAUAAUAUGGAGGAGGUGGCAACUUUUACCUAUGGCAGUCCAAGAAGGAUUGGUAGAAGACUGUUAUGGGAAGAACUCAACGGGAUCAGUGAGGAUGUGAGAAAACCUUGGCUGGUAAUAGGGGACUUUAAUGCGAUCAGUCAAAGGCAUGAGAAGUAUGGGGGAGAUACUGGCUUUAGAGGUCCUUCAUUCACUUGGAAGCGUGGGAGGCUGGUGGAGCGUUUGGAUAGGAUGGUUGCAAACCCUUCUUGGGUGGUGAACUUUCCCCAGCAAUUCAUUUUACACUUACCCUAUUUUGGCUCGGACCACAGGCAUAUCCUCCUGAAGGAUGGACCGCGUGACAACCAAAACGGCAGGUCUCGUCCCUUUAAAUUUCUUGCGUCGUGGCUCCUUUGUGAAGGUUUCGAUGAUUUGGUCAAGAAGUGUUGGAGUAGGGACACUACAUGGGAUGUUGGCAGCAAGAUGUUUCAUCAUGAAGCUGCCAAGUGGCACCAGACAACGUAUAAGAAAAUCAUUAAUCAGAAGCACCGCUUGGUUGCUCGUAUCGAGGGCAUCGACACACAGAUGAACGACCAUCACAAUAAUGCUCUAGAAGGAUUAUAUAGUAGGUUGUGGGCUGAUCUCAACAGUAUUUAUAUUAAGGAGGAGAUUAAUUGGUUCCAAAGGUCUAGGUGCAGGUGGAUAAAGGAUGGUGAUAGGAAUACUAGAUUCUACCAUACGUCAGCAGCAGUGAGAAGAAGAAAGAACAAGAUUCUCACGUUGAAGGAUUAG